GUUACGCUCAGAACUGUGAGUUGCCAAUGAAUCGCUGGCAUUCGGGUCUGAGAGGAUCGUAUGUACAGGAGCGAAGAUAUGGAGCUUGUAGCGAGGUGAUUGGUUUCAAUUUGUGACAGCAGCUGAGGGGAAUUUUCUGUGGACCGCAAUGGCCUUGACCAACGCUGUCGGUAAAAUGAACAUGAUGUCAGGUGAUUCACCAUCUCUUAGACCAGCAGCAAGUUUUGAGCUGCAGGAAACUAUAAUUAAUGCUUCUAUAGCAAAAGUGAGAAAUGUCUCUGACAAAGGAGUGCAGUUUGAACCAUCAGAUCUGUCUGAUGAAACAGACUUCAUGCCCAAAGCUCCAAGCGUGAAAGCUGAUCAAGGCACAAGUAAACAAAAAUUAUGCAACAGUAGUCAUAAUAACAAUGAAGAUGAUAUUAUAGUGGAGGACAGAAUUCCUGAACUUGAAACAAAACUUAGCACCGAAAAGGGGACAGAUGUUACAGAAGCAGUGUCUGAGAAACAGGAAGAAGAGCCAAACUGUGUGGUUAAUUGUUUAUAUUUUGUUGACCAGUGCUGUGAAUGUGUGCUCCUGUGACACAUAUGAAAAUGUGAUUGUGAAGCUUAAGUUGUGAUUGUGUGACUGAAACUUACACCUGUACUUUGUGUAAUUUAUUGCCUUAGCAAUUUGCUAGGUCCAUAAAAUAACUGCAGUUUUUGCAGUUUAAUGUAACAUUUUAAAUACUGAGAUAAUAUUUUUGUAAAAUGUUUGUUUUAUAUAUUUUAAUAGCUCUUUUGGGCAGAAAUCUGUUGUUGUGUCUAUUUUUACUUCUGUUGGUUAGUCUCUCCUGAUGUUGGAGGGUCCAACAAGAAUACUCAGCUUCUAUAAAUAGAAUCAGGUAAGUUCUUAUUUAAGCUCAAACAUCUUCAUGUGGUUCAGAGUUGCCUGAAAAUUUGGAAGUUUGUAAUUAGAUGUAUUCAUUUGUUUUGUACGAGCUUGCAAAACUGUUGUAAUCGCAGAAUUAUUCUAUAGUGGAUCAAUUUUCCGGUUCAAUCUGAUUUGAAAGAAACACAAGAUCUUGAUUUACCAUCAUUUUAUUUCAUUUUAAAUGGAUUCAAAUCUCCUAAAUAUGGAAGAAAAAUUGUUUUAUCCUGUUAUGCCUGUCAUCAACCCCCUUAGUAAAGAGGUAACAUAGUUGAUAAGAAGAUAUGUGCAUGGUGCCAAUGAUUCAUUUACUUCGUUAAUAGAGAAUAAAAGCUUAAUAGUUGAGGUAAUGAGGUAAUAACAAGGUGCUUUAUCAUAGAAAGUGUCUUUCUUAGCCAUAGUAAUAGGAGGCCUCUUUUGGGGGAAAGAGGUGAUUAUUUUUUCAAUAUUCUUCCAUGAAAACCAUCUAUUCGGUGCUUACGUUCUCGUUCUCGGUCUUAUUUUGCUAUCUCCAGUCUGGCACAAGAAAAUAGUUUUUCAGAACUAGUUUUAAGCAGAAUUGCAUUUGUUCUGCUUUAGAGAUGAUAAAAUUCAAAUGAGGGAAAAACCAAUGUAUUUUUUCACCGGUAUUCUUGAUUUUUUACAUAAGAAUAGAGCUUCGACUUACUUCCAUUCCUAAUUAUGGUUUGUUAUGUCUUGGUGCUGCGUCUAGAGCAGUAAAUGUUAAUGGAUGAAUUAAUUCAUCUAGCAUGAAAUAGUAAGUUCCUAACUUAUUAUAAUGUUUGUAUUUCACUCGGUAUUUGUUUACUGUUGGAAACAGCUGUGUACAGGACAGGGGUAGUCACUGUGAAUGAAUGGCAUUGCAUAAGUGGAUAUAAAUAAAAUUAAAAUUUCGUUCUGAGGACGUCUCCCUCUAAUGAUUUGGGGAAACAGUGUUGAUUGGAAAAAUGUUUUCAUGAUGGUCCUGACACAUUACUUUUUUAAAUACAUGUUUUGUAAUUGACAAUAUUGUAUUAAUUACAUAUUUUAAUCAAUAAAUCUGUUUGUAAAUUAGUUUACUUUGAGUUGCAUGGUUGGAAUGAUUUGUGGACCUUUAACUUCUGUAUGUGGUCUGCUGUCAGAAACAAAUAAAUC